AUGCCCCGCCGGCACCGAUUCAGAACAUUGGUGUGGAAGUGUGGUAAGAGGACUUUCACAGAAUUCGCGAUCCAGCAGCAACACUUAUCACCCAAGGUGCUCAUGGAGAGACACCCUGUAGAUGUAUACAUGAGACCUCUCGCAAGAGGCUCGUCCUAUAUGAAUUUCAGGCUGCACGUGGUUGAUAUCAGUAGGUGUUGCUAA